AUGACCUUCACCCACCAAGUCAACAUGCACGCGACACCGACCGCUUCGACCUCGAGUUCCCCAUCAUCCGUGUCGUUGUCGGCCUCGCCGCGCGGUGCUCGUAGAACGAGCAUGUCAUCGACUCGGCUCGGCGGCGCGGCGGGCUCAGACGAGCGCCUACACCUGCGCCAGCAACUCUCGACCAGUCCCUCGGGCGGCACCAGCUCACCUUUGCUCGCUUCCAACGGUCGCACCACCGCCCCUUCGUUCUUGUACCUCCCACCGGGGAUCUCGUUGGCCAGGAAUGGGUGUGGUGAUCACCUGUCGCACCAGUUCAUCGGCAGUGGGUCUCAUACGGAUCGCCCCGGGUCGAACACGCCCUUGACGUCAAGCGGCGCCCGAUCGAUCGAUCACUUCAGCGCCCCUUUGCUCCACCCCAACGUUGCACCGACGCCUCCGCUGCGUACGACGAUCGGGUUCGAGCCGCUUCUCGAGGCCAAACCUGCUGCGUCAUCAUCAUCGUCGACGAGCAUCUCGCGCAAGUUGUCGUCCUCGUCAUGUUCGUCGUCGGCGUCCUCGUCGGGCUGCGCCUCGACCUCAUCGACCUCGAACGGACCCAUCAGCUCCCUCGCUUCAUCGGUCGCCGCAUCGGACGAUAUUUCGAUUUCCCCACCUUCUUCCUCCUCCGCAACUACAAAACGAACGUCUUCUGCGUCGAGGCCGGCAGUACCAGGCGAAGAUCCACAGCUCGCAGCGGCGAGGAGGGCGUUGUGGGAAGACGUCGACCCACCCAUGAAGAAGAUUACGACGAGCACCCACUCCAACUCGGGCUCCGACGACAGUGGUUCCAUGACCCCCUCAGCACAGGCCUGCCCCGUGUUCGACGAGGAUGAGAACGAGGUUGACAACGAGGCUCAGGAGGGUUCAGACACGGAAGACGAACCCAAUCCCGACACGGUACCACCCCACGAACCCUCUCACGCGACCCUGACCCCUCUGGCCUCCUGUCUACGCUCCGAAACUCCCUCUCGGACACCGUCAACGAACUCGCUCUCCAAUGGAUUCCCUUCGGGCUCGUUCGUGCGCAUCUCUCGAGAGCCGCCUCGGGCAUUCACGACCUAUUCAGCGAUCGACUAUGAACGACGCGGUCAAGGUCCCGUCGAGAAGCUGUCGAUCAAGGAGUGGAUGGAGUUGCAGGGUGUGAGGGAAGCCGUCGGGGUAUGGAGUGGCCGUAUCACGGCCAACGAUUGGAGUGAAGAGCCUUCUUCGAUCAAUGGGAUGUCAACGAAUGGUCCAGGGACCGAGUCGAGUGAAGGGAGCGAGCCGAUCGUCGCGAUUGGGAAAGGGCAUCCCUCGGUCGCGACUGGGGUUCGACGGGUCGCGUCCUUGCCGAAUUCGCCCAUGUUACUCACCUUCAAGGACCUCCCUCCACCAAAACGAGCAAUCUCCGGUCCUCUCUCGAACGACAAGGAUGAUCACGAGUCGACGACGCCGCAAGCUUUGAAGCCGGGGUAUUACAAGGGCGUGAGAACGGUGGCGCACAAUGUCGAGCCCGUCGAGGCGCCUUCGAGUUUAUGGGAUGAUUGA